AUGUUCCCACAACAGGAACACGAUACUGAUUCCGACGUAGCUCGCCCAGCUCUUGAGGAGAUCAAAUUGGAACCACAGCAAACCAGAGCAGACGGCGUGUUGAGCUCUGAUGAGAUCAGUGAUGAGGACUUUACAUCAGACGUUUCCCCGCCACCAGAUGGAGGCUGGCAGGCUUGGCUAUGCACUAAUUCCGCUUACGUAGCUUUAUGCGGCCAUUUUCUCUUCAUGAAUACGUGGGGUUUCAUCAACAGCUUCGGUAUCUUCCAGACAUAUUACACCACGUUUCUCAAACGUGACCCGUCUGACAUAUCCUGGAUCGGUUCUAUCCAAGUAUUCCUCAGUUUCUUUAUUGGUGCUUUCGUUGGGAGGUACAUUGACUCAGGACAUUUACGUUUAGUGCUGUCCUGUGGUACAGUUCUAGUACUUAUCGGUAUCUUUACCGCUUCCCUCUCUACGCAGUACUGGCAGUUGCUCCUUUCGCAGGGAAUUUGCUGUGGACUAGGCAAUGGCUUUCUCGUCACCCCUGCAGUGUCUGUCACAUCGACUUACUUCGAUAAACGGCGCUCUCUGGCUAUAGGUAUUUCAACAUGUGGUUCUGUCACUGGGGCACUUGUCUUUAAUGCCAUGGCUAGACAGCUAUUACCUACAGUUGGUUUUGGCUGGACUAUGCGCGCUAUCGGCUUUGUGCAGGCUGCUACACUCUUGUUUGUCGUUGUAUGCAUGAAGAUGCGAUUGCCUCCCACCAAGUCAGGCAGAUUGGUUGAGUGGGUUGCUUUCAAGCAACUUGAUUACACCUUCUUCACCAUUGGGAUGUUCUUUAAUUUCUGGGCGGUCUUUUUUGGAUAUUACUACAUUGCUUCAUACAGUCGCGACAUCAUCAACCCAACUCUUACCUACACAGAGUCGUUGAAUCUCCUUCUUAUUCUCAACGGAGUCGGCGUAUUCGGUCGCAUGAUAGCAAAUCACUACGCUGAUACCUUUGGUCCUUUGGAACUGUUGAUACCAUCAUGUCUAGUGGCUGCCGUUGCCAUGUUCUCAUGGAUUGCUGUUCAUACCCCAACACACGCAUAUAUAUGGACAGUCUUCUACGGCAUUAUUGGCGGUAGCAUCUUGAGUCUAUUUCCGGCUGGGAUCUCGUGUUUGACUACGGAUCUAUCCACCAGGGGCGCGUACAUCGGGAUGAAUUUUUCCAUCAUCAGUUUCGCCACAUUGUCUGGUAACCCGAUUGCUGGUGCAAUUAUUACGUCCAUGGGAGGGAGGUAUCUUGGGGCGCAAGUGUUUAUGGGUAGCAGUUUUAUUGUUGGUACCGCAUUUAUUGUGGCAGCCAAGAUUUAUCAUAUUAAUUAG